AUGUCCAGCAGCAAUUUUAACGAGAUGAACGAACUAAAUAUGACUCAAACAAAUUAUGGCAGCACAAAAUAUACCGCUCAGCAUCAUCAAGGUGUAAUAAAUGCCAUCAUCUCUUCACUGACAGCCCCAGAUCAGCCAACUACCGUAUCAUUACAAUAUUCCAACGACAAGAACAUGGCGACGGAAAUACAAGCUUAUGCUAAACUCUCCGGACCAAACUGGACCUAUUAUGUGAAGGAUUUGGAAGUUUCUAUUGGUAGAAAUACUGAUCCCUUAAACAGUGCACUACAGGAAAAUUCAGAUGGUGUAAAAAACUCAUAUAGAGUGAAUAUUGAUCUCGGACCUGCCAAAGUCGUUUCUAGAAAGCACGCCAUAAUAAAAUACAACAUGAAUAUCGGCGGUUGGGAAUUGCACAUAUUGGGCCGUAACGGCGCUAAAGUAAACUUUCAAAGGACUCAUAAUGGACCCAACAAUCCUCCCAUUCGAUUAUCUUCCGGAACCCUGCUAGACAUAGGAGGAACACAAAUGAUGUUUAUCCUGCCCGACAGUGACCCGGUUGUUGCUCCUAUUUGUAUAGAACACCUGAUGCCUAAUUUAAUAAACAUGUUCGGAUUGGAAGGCAACAACAACCCCCUGCUAAGAGACAUUAUAAAACAGUCUAAUUAUGCUAAGCAAAGGCAAUUAACCUCUAAUCAACAAAUCAAAGGGUUUAAGCUUUAUGGAAGUGGUGGCAAUGCUCCUUUUGGUAGCGGAGCGAACUUGGGCCCUAGCGAACAAGGCAUCUUCAACAACAAUAAUAAUAGUAAGAACAAGAAUGGCUACUUUACGUCCAUAAACCCAAACUAUACAGCAUCUACAACAACAAGCAAUACCAUCAAUCCACAAGCGGCUUCUCCACAGGGUCCUCCAAAUACCAUCAUCGCUGCAAAUUUUGUAGAUUCAUACAAGUCAUCAAAUGCCUAUCCUCAAGCUUUGGAUUUUACUUCGGACCUAUCCCAUGACGAAAACAGGAACGUUAAACCACCUCAUUCAUACGCAACUAUGAUAACACAGGCCAUACUGUCGUCGCCGGAGGGAGUUAUUUCACUAGCCGAUAUCUACAAGUAUAUUUCUUCCAAUUAUGCAUACUACAGGUUUGCUAAAUCCGGUUGGCAAAACUCCAUUAGGCAUAAUUUAUCAUUAAAUAAGGCGUUUGAAAAGGUUCCGAGAAGACCCAAUGAGCCGGGCAAAGGUAUGAAAUGGAGAAUUAGCGAAUCUUAUCAGCAAGAAUUUCUAAACAAGUGGAAUACCGGAAAAGUGGGGAAAAUCAGGCGGGGAUCCUCAGUAGCAAGGCAACUACAGUUACAUAUGGCAAAAUUCAACAGUUUACCCAUGGAAAUGGACUAUAGGUUAUCGCUUAACAUGGCUCAACCCCCUAAACGACAACUACAAUCUCACAAUGUGCUAGAACCAUCCAACAAUAACAUCAUAGAAGGGUUCGUACAACAUGUCCCAUCCAAAGGUAACCUUCCUGCAUCGCAACAAUCACAGCCCCCUGUGUCACAUCAAAAUCAGUCACAGCAGCCGCCACCACAGGAACAACGUCAAGAGAUUCAAUUUACCUUCGCGGAUACCCAAAAUCGAAAUAUAGCGUUAGCAAGACCUAUCAAGACGCCACAAUUGCAAGCUCCCAAUUCAAAUGCUAACUUAAAUCAAAACAAUAUGAAAGAAUACAAAGAGUCACUUCAUCCGCCUGCAAUAUCAAUAUCACAAAUGAAUAGGCAAUCUCCAAACAACGCUCUAGUCUCGUUCACUAAUGCAUGUGCUAAUUCCAAAAUAAUAAACAACAUCAGCGAUAGCGCCGACAAAUCGACAAACAAUAACGGCGGUACCAAAAUGAAUCUACCCGCCAUAUCUACUUCUUCACUUGAUGAAAAUGGUAAUUUGGAGCCGACAACUACCACGUCUUCCGGUAAUUCUAACUCAGUUCCGCAAACUGGAACAACAACUUCCUCAUUGGCAGCGAACAGUCUACGCCUUUCUCAACCAUAUGACACGCUAUUACGAUCUCCUACUAAGGCAUUUCAUAUUACUGCGAUGGAAGCAUAUACACCAGAAAGAGGAAGCGCUAAUAGGGCUAGGUCACCUCUUCAUAGUAAUAGCAACAAUACUAAUAAUAACGGCGCAAAUAAUUCUAAUUUACAGACUAGCGGAAUGGAAAACAAACAAACAGGUCUAGUAUUGGAUUCUAAUGUCUUGAAAAGCAUGGAAUCAAACAAUGAUAAUAGACGGCUGACACCAUCAACAAGUAAAUCGCAGAAUGUCAAAAGUUCUCCAGGUGUAUGGAAUUUAUUGCAGUUUAGCUCAACAAACAACACUCCUGCCGCAGAUAGCGGAGGCAACAAGAGAGGAUUUUCCAUAAAUCCGGACAUUAAAGCCAAAGAAAACGAGAAUGCUACUUCAGAAAAAGAUUCGGACUCUAACUCAAAUGAUCUGGAAACUAAAGAUAUUAAUUCUUCACCUUUGAAAAACCAAGGUGGUAGCACCGCCAAUGCCAAGGAACUAAUACUAGAUACGGAUGGUGCAAAGAUCAGUAUUAUCAACAACUAA